AGAAAUUGGAAUUCGACCAAAAUACAUAGUUAAAGUAUAAUGGGUGAUCUUCAAAUCGUGCCGGUGUACAACAAGGUGGAAGCACAGUACGUAGAAAUGAUGGUGCCUUUGUAUUCUUACGGUUGCGAGAAGAAAGUCAAGAGGGCUCUUUCUCAUCUCAAAGGAAUAUAUUCAGUGAAAGUAGACUACUACAAUCAGAAGGUGACGGUGUGGGGGAUUUGUAACAAACUCGAUGUGUUAGCGAUGGUGAAAAAGAAGCGAAAAGAAGCUCGGUUUUGGAAUGUAGAGGAAGAGGAGAAUAAUAAUCCAGAGAGCGUUGAUGAUUGCAUUGUCGUAAAAGAAGACACUAUUAUUAAAACUUCAUUUGAUACCGAUAAAUCAUCGGCGUUUUAUACGUAUUCUACAACGCCUCCGAGAUUCAGUAUAAGACCUCCUAUGUCACUUAUUAGAACCUCUUCAUUCACAUGGAAAGCCGUGAAGAAGUUCAAUGGUCACCGCAUUGUUCGUAAAAUCUUUCUUGGGACACAUAUGUUAUCAAGAAAAAAAAAGACCGAGUCUUUCGAGAAAAAUAAAGUGAUAACGCUUUAUCUUCCAGUCCACUGUACUGAACUUAGGAGAUCAUCCACUAUUUUCUCGGACAAAGCCCUAGUUCCUCUUUCAGAGACAGAGGUGACAGACACAAAAACUAUAAUAAGAACUCGCAGCGGAAGAUCAACCAAGACCAGAUCUGUUCCCUCGCAUCCAAUUCCCAUCGCCGUUGCAGAAUCAGCGAAUCCAGAAUCGGACAAUGACUCGGUAGCUACAACAACGGAAGUGAGAACUCAACGUCGUCCUCGUCAGAGCGUGGGGGAGUCUUCUCGUCCCAAGCAGAACACGCUGAACAAGAAGAAGGAAGAGGAAGAGAAUGAUUCGACUCAAGUGAUCGACGAGGAAGAAGAAGAAAACGCAAGGCGAAAGAAGCGUUGUAUUCAUAAUCUCCGCAAGGCUAUUCAAAAUCUUAAGGAAUGUGUCGACAUUCUUGAAGGCUUCGUCUUUUAA